AUGUCCAACGACAUAGAACCCGGAGACUCAUCUGGUGGCGCUACUUUGACACAAGAAAAGACAAACCUAUCCUAUAGCUACGAUAAUAGACGAGGCUGGCGACGAUGGAGGGUCUUCCAUCCUGGCAGAGGAAUGUACCACGAUGUCAAGCGUCGCCUACCAUAUUACUGGAGCGACAUCACUGAUGCCUUCACCUACCGUGUCGUCGCUAGUACUAUUCGGAUGUACUUUGUCAAUCUUCUCCCAGCCAUAGCCUACACACUCGACAUGUAUCGCCGAACAGGCCAAUUCUUUGGCAUAAACGAAGCCCUCUUUUCCUCAGCCCUAGCCGCCAUUGUAUUCAGCACACUGAGUACCCAACCUCUUACCAUUGUCGGCGUAACAGGUCUUAUAUCCUUGUUCAACUUUACCAUCUACGAUAUCCUCAAGAUCUAUGACAUCUCGAUUUAUCCUCAGUUCAUGGCUUGGACAGGGAUAUGGGCCGCUAUCUUCCACUGGCUCGUUGCUGUGUUCAAUACGUGUGAUUAUAUGCGGUACGUGACUGACUUCUCGAGUGAGUCUUUCGGGAUGUAUGUGGGCAUCAUUUAUAUCAUCAAGGGUGUUGAGGAACUCGUGAACGAAUUCGACCAAGAAGGAUCUGCGGCAGGAUAUCUCGCUUGUAUCAUUGCCAUCCUAUACUUUGGUACAGUCUACGGUCUUGAGAAACUUGGGUCUAGUACCGUAUGGAAAGCAGGAGUUCGAACCAUUCUCGCGGAUUAUGCCUAUGUGUUUCCCACACUCUUCUGGGUCGGGUUUUCUCACUUCCCUGGGAGACUCAACGCAACGCAUAUCGAGCGUGUGCCCGUUACCAAAGCAUUCUACCCAACACAGCCCAGGGACUGGCUUAUCGACUUCUGGAACUUGGAUGUCAAAUGGGUCUUUGUUGCUAUGCCAUUUGGCUUCUUAACUAUGCUUCUGUUCUACUAUGAUCACAACGUCAGCAGCAUCACUGCCCAGGCCCGUCAGUAUCCUCUCAAGAAGCCUGGUGGUUUCCACUGGGACUUUUUCCUUCUUGGUUGCACGACGUUUGUCUCUGGUAUUCUCGGUUUGCCAAUGCCCAACGGCCUCGUCCCGCAGGCACCUGUCCACACAGAUUCCCUUACUAUCUACGAGACAGAACUAAAGAUUAUUCCAACCUCUGAAGUUGAAGAUACCGAGAUCCGCCGGCCUAUCGUAAAAGCUACAGCGGUGGUUGAGCAACGUGUCUCCCACUUCCUUAUGGGUUUGGGUCUGAUUGGAACCAUGACUGGUCCUCUUUUAGUGGUUCUUCAUACCAUGCCAGCUGCUGUUUUUGCUGGUGUGUUCUUUGUCGUCGGUUGGGGUUCAAUCGAAUCCAACGGAAUUCUCCAGAAGUUUAUCUAUCUCCAAUCGGAAAAGCGCUUUAUUCAACGUGACGAGCCACUUCUUCGCGUCCGAAGGCGCAAGAUUAUUCUUUUUAUCAGCCUUCAGCUUGUCGGCGUGUUUGCCUGUGUUGCCAUAUCGCAUACCCUCGCAGCCAUCGGCUUCCCAGUUUUGAUCAUCCUUCUGAUCCCUCUACGCAUUAUCAUCGUGCCUCGCUGGUUCAGCCUUGAAGAACUCCAGAUCCUUGAUGACUUCACGGCCACUAACAAGGCUGUUCUUGCAAGUCUGGGCGGACAGCCGGCACUUCCGGAGCAUACGAAGGAGCAGGACUGGGGUAUUGAAAGAAGGCAUAGUGAGAGUCAACAUGGUGUUGCUCGUCAACGCGCUGGAAGCAUUCACCGAUAA